AAGCCAUCUCUAUGGGAGGUGAAGCUUGGUCACACAACAGAUUAACCCAGAUAAAAAAAAAGAAAGGCUUUGUGAUGAGGCAGACAAAAAAGCUCUUUAAUUUCCCCUUCACUCCCACUAACAAAUAAUCACUGGGUUGAUGAAAACUACACUGAAAUAGAUUAAAGAUUAAAGUCCAAGCAAAAAAAAAACAAACAAACCCCAAUUUCGUUAACCUACCAACACUAACUGAAUUAUCGGUAGUUAUAGCAGUCAAUAUCACAAAUACAGUCCCCAUAACGUGAACCCCUACUAGAGGUUUUUAUUUUGAAAAGCAAACGCACCGGAAAAGAUUCCCCAUAGGUGCGGAAACAAAGAUGGCGGAAGAAGAGAACCAGUUUGAAGAAUUUGAGCAGAUAGACUUUUUGAGAGACCGACAUGUCCGAUUCUUCCAGAGGACCUUGCAGGUGUUGCCUGAGCGGUACGCGUCGCUGGAAACAACCCGGUUAUCCAUUUUAUUCUUUGCCCUGUCUGGUCUGGAUGUGUUGGAUGCCCUGGAGGUGGUGGAUAGUAAAGUGAUGAUUGAGUGGAUUUACUCACAACAAGUUCUACCCACUCAGGAUAAAUCCAACCUGAACCGUGGAGGGUUUCGUGGAUCAGCACAUAUUGGGAUUCCUUACAGCACGAAGGGUCCAGGUGUGCUCCAUCCGUACGACAGCGGCCAUGUUGCCAUGACCUACACUGGCCUGUGCUCACUGUUAAUCCUUGGAGACGACCUGAGUCGGGUGAACAAAGAAGCCGUUCUGGCUGGCCUCAAAGUGCUGCAGCUCGAGGACGGCAGUUUCUAUGCCGUGCCAGAAGGAAGUGAGAAUGACAUCCGGUUUAUCUACUGUGCAGCUAGUAUCUGUUACAUGCUGGAUGACUGGUCAGGCAUGGACAUCCAGAAAGCCAUCGAUUAUAUCCGGGGAAGUUUGUCGUAUGACAAUGCAUUUGGCCAAGGAGCUGGGAGAGAGUCUCAUGGUGGUUGGACGUACUGUGCCAUAGCCUCGCUGUGCCUGAUGGGCCGGCUGGACGAGGCUCUGAGUCCGCGCGAGCUGAACAGGAUCCGGCGCUGGUGCAUCAUGAGGCAGCAGAGCGGCUUCCACGGACGUCCCAACAAACCUGUGGAUACGUGCUACUCCUUCUGGGUGGGAGCUACACUGGAGCUCCUGGAUGUGUUCCAGUUCACACACUUUGAGAAAAACAGGAGCUUCAUUCUGUCCACGCAGGAUCGUUUGGUCGGCGGCUUCGCCAAGUGGCCUGACAGCCAUCCAGACCCUCUUCACGCCUACUUGGGUCUGUGUGGCCUGUCUCUGAUUGGAGAGCCUGACCUAAAGAAGGUCCACCCAGCUCUUAACAUCACCCAGAGAGCCUUUCAGCACCUCCAGCAGCUGCAGCAGACGUGGAGGGACAACGCCGGCAGCUGCGUUGGACAGCAGUGAAAGCAGGACGAUUUACUGCGCUAACUCUGGAGCACACGCCGUCUGUCGGUCACCGGUUGAAGGCGGCUGGAUUUCUGCCGCGUCUCAGAUAUUUGGCUGCUCAAGAAGUUUGAAUUGUUUGGAAUUGUGAGGAUUUAAACACUUGAGAACCUCAUUUAAAGUCCAUCUAAAGAAACUUAUUUGUUGAGCAAUAUACACCACACCUCUUUGCUGCCUUUAAAAAAAAAAGAAGAAAGAAAACAAAAAACAAGUAGUUGUUAAUAAAGUUAUGCGGUGCGAUUUGUGAAAAUACCAUAUAAUAAUGUGCCAGAAAGUGUAAUUCACUGGAGACUUGAACAAACGUCAGAUGCCUCCAUCUUUAUUUUAUGGCCUUUUUUUUUAAAUUAUGACACUUUUCUUCAAAGAUAUAUUGCUUUACUUCCUUUUCUCUGCUUUGCUAACCUGCCUGGCGCUUUCGUCCGCAUGUAGCUGCUGAAUGUUUUUGACCUCUCAUGAUGCACCAGGUCUUAAUGGGUCAUGACUUCUGCUCCUCAGUUUGAAAUCUGAUACCAUCCCUACAGGUUUACUCCCUUAAGCUUCUCGCUGCAAUGUUUUCCAGUUUCACCACUGCAGGCUUUAAUUUUCAAAGCUCAAGAGAUUGAAAUAAAAAUGGAACUGUUACGAAUUUACAAACUAGUUACAAAUUUUAAGAAGAUUAUGGAAUUGAUUUCACUUGAAGCCUUUUUAUGGGGAUUUUAUCUGACAGACCACACCCUGCGUGGCUCGUAAUUAUGCAAUGGAAGGAAAAUUGUACAACGUUUUCAGAAAUCUAAAGUACGGAUCAUUUCUUUGUGUUCUGUUUGUUUAGUUCCUCUUUGGAAAAUGAAUUAAUCUCCUUUUAUAUUUGACCUACAAACCUACAAACAUUGGAUUCUCCACUGGAUGCAGUUCUGGACUUUGACUGGGCCAUUUUAACAGAUCAAAACGCUGUGUUCCAACACAUUUAAUUGCACCUCUAGCUGUGUGCUUGGGGUUGUUUUCCUCCUCCUCUCCCCGAAUCUAAAGAGUUUUGCUGCCAAUAAGAGGCUUUCAUCAUCCCUGACUAGUUUUAUCAUUCCUAGUGAAAAUGAAGCUUCCCACCACCAUGUUUAAAGUUGGGAAAGCUGUGUUGGGGUUUAGGGUUGGAUUUCCUUCACAUGUCGCCUUUUGCUUGUGAGCCUAAAAGUUUUGGUCUCAUCCGACCAGAGCCUUUUCUCCCACGUUUGCUUUGUGUCAAACUCCAAACAUGGCUUCUUCUGUGAGGAUCACACAUGUGAGGAGGAAAAGCUCGUACUUUUAAUGUCAGCAGAUUUUCUCACCUGAGCAGUGGGUCCAUGCAGCUCCUCCAGAGUUAACCUGGGCCUCUUGGUUGCUUCCACGGUUUAUUCUCUCCUGUCAGUGAUUUUUUAAAAUUUAUUUAUUAUUUUUUAAUUUAUUUACUUUUGAAGGUGAUUGGUAGCAGUAUAUUUUAUUUAGGAUGUCAUCAUUCAGAUUUUUUUUUAAAUAAUUUUGAAAACCGUGUAAUUUUCCUUCCACUCCCAUUAAAGUUUGGUUGUAAUGCAGAAAUUGUAAAAAAAAAAAAAAAAAAAAAAAAAGAAUUAAGAGUAUGAAUAAUUUUGUCAAACGCUGUAAAUCUCCCCUCUAAUUAAAACCAAAUCUCUUCUUAUAAGCAGCAGUGUGUUAGGGAGGCUCCUCAUGACCUCUGAACCGAACUCAUUCACCUGCUUCCUCCUCCCCUGUGAGGUCGCAUCCAGCUGGAAAUCAGCGGGGAGAUUAGACAAUGGCAUCAUAACCAGAGGAAACGGUUCUUUGAACUGUUUAUUCAUAACUCCAGAAAGGAUGCAGGAUGAAAUAAAGAACAAUGGCCAGGACUGUACCUCCUUAUGUAAGGAAGCAAAAACGGCUUCUGUCCUUCAUGAUCCCUCCUUAGCUGUUGAUCGCCAACAGAACCGACUGUAAGAAGGACUUCUGGCUUUACGUUCAGUUCAUUCAGACUUCUAUGCAGGUGUUUGAGCCGAGGUCCAAAAUGGCGUUCAUGACCUGGCAAAGAGAGUCUUUCCACCUUUUGCCUUUACAUCAGUCGUCUGUCUCGCAGCAAAAAAAAAACAAAAAACAUUUCCAGCUUCCACACAUUGCUGCUUGAAGCAACGCCUUUUAUUUAUUUAUUUAUUUUUUUAAUGAGGCCACAGUGUGAGGUAACACCUGCUCCCCUCGUUGACACGUGAUGAGAUGCUUUGAAAGCCUGUCAGAAGCACAGCUGCCCGUCUGCUGCCUGUUUACCUGCAGCUCUUCUCUGUGUGCAGACGCGCCUGUGACUGCAUUUACAAGUCAUUCGGACGCUGGGUCUGCUAUCAGGGAAAAAAAGGGGAGAAGAUGUGAGGAGAGCUGAAUGAAUAAAUAACGUGAGCCAUCUAUUAUUAAAAGUCAGCUGUCAGAGGCUGGAUUCAGCUCUUUGAAUCCAGACCAAAUCCUCGGCUUUGGUGUGAAAACAAUGGGAUUCUUAACUAAUGUGCGUUAUUGUUUAUUUUGCACUGAUCUGAAACAAUUUCUCUUUCUCAACUAACGUUACCAUGUUCUUAUUAUAUAUGCAUAAUACAUAGAAACCAUUACCACCAAACGCUUUGACGUUUUUUAAAAUGUUGCUGAAAUGUGUGGAUUUUUUCUAUUCUAACACACUCUAAUAUUGUGUUUUCUUUACCUAUAUGCUAUAAGCCUGUUCUCUUUAUUUGAAUAUAAAGCUAACUGGAGCACUGUGCGUAAUCAGUUUUCUUCUUGGUUUCCUACCCAAAUGAUCCAGUUUGGCUUGUAUUUGUCUGUGUACAUAGAUGAAGUCACAUGGUGAAGCCACUUUCUCCAGCUUGCCUCCUUAUUGUGCCUAAUGGAUUGUUUUCUGUCGCUGCUCUCUGAAUGCUUUGCUUUUGUUUGCUUCUCUUAUUGCCUAAUUUAGAUUUUGCUUGGAUCCUUCUAUGAAAAAUGAGUAUGUGAAUAUUCAGUGAAUAUCAAGUUAACCUACAAAGAGGGAAGUGUAACCUGGAUAUUUGUUUAGAUUCCACAGGACAAUAUGUGUUGUUUACAUGUGUGAAGAUCAGAUAUAAGUAUUCUACUUUCUGAUUGGUAUUGUCCAGAAAUAUGUUGGGAAUUAUUUUGACAUUUGACACCGAGUGGCACUUACCAGUGCUAAUAAAUGAUUAUUUUAGCUCAUAUUACACAGGAGACGGGGCCUCCAGUUCCAGCAGCAUGAAAUAAAGGCAGCACUGCUUUGUGCUUCCAAAAGCUGUGAAAGGAUUGUCCCAGAGAUGCAGCCAAAACACCACAUGCCGUUCUACCAAGCACUGCUAUACAUAUUGUAACGAUAAAUCAUGUAACAAAAAAAUAUAAUGGAGUUUAUUUUUUCUAUGCUUUCUAGAAAUGUUGGUGUAGAUAAAUGUAAAUGUCUAUAAAGAUGCGACUUCUGCUGGGGAAGUGACCAGAAAGUCUUUACAUUUCUGGACCCGCAGGUCUUGGUGUGUGACGUGUUCUUGAAGUGCGGCUUUUCGAGUUUGGACUCAUGCUGAUUCUCGCUUGGCACGGAAAUUGUAUUUAUGGUAAAUAAAACGUGUACUAACUUUGA